ACCUGUCUCAAACGAAGCUCAUUUACUGGAAACCAGACUGCCCGUAGCAAAUUCUUCAGUUUCCCUCCAAGCGACGGGCUGUUCCGGAAAUUUCGCACGUGGCUACUCCCCUAUUGCUAUUUCCGAGGAACCAACCCUACAGCGCCAUUUUCCUUCCAAGUUCCAGAUUCCAGAGAGAUCCAUUUCUGGCUGGCUCUCCUUUCCGCCAUUCUCCCUCACCCUCCUCUCCUCCCCUUGCCUCCGCUCCAGGCAAUUUGCCUGAUUCUUGCUCUGUCGGUUCUUCCGAGGCGUUAAUAUAUUCCAAUUCCAUGGCUGCUGAGCUUGCAGUCACGAGUUCGUUGACAGCUGCUGCGUCUCUUACUCGAUCAGCUAGCUCGCUUCGAAAGAGUCAGUCAGGCACUCAGAACAGGCUUGCCUGGAAGAAGCUUUCCGCAAGUUUCUCGCAGUCUGGUCUCCCAUUGCCAUCGGCACCCAAGCAAGAAGUUUUCCAAGUAAGGCGUCAACGAGCCAGCAGCAUUGUUCGGGCGACUGUUGCAGACGCAGCUCAGACUUCCAAAAUGGCGUCUGCUACCGGACUUUCACGAAUCGGCCUCGCUGGAUUGGCGGUGAUGGGGCAGAACCUUGCUCUUAACAUCGCCGAAAAGGGCUUUCCGAUCUCCGUGUACAACCGCACGGCCAGCAAGGUGGACGACACCGUCGCGCGCGCCAAGGCGGAGGGCGACCUGCCGCUCCGCGGAUUCCACGGCGUGAAGGAGUUCGUGGAGUCGAUCCAACGGCCCAGAGCGAUCAUCAUCCUCGUGAAGGCCGGCAAGCCCGUGGAUGACACGAUCAAGGCGCUCUCGGAGUACCUGGAGCCAGGGGACUGCAUCAUCGACGGCGGCAAUGAGUGGUAUGAGAACACGGAGCGCAGGGAGGCAGACGCCAAGGCCAAGGGCCUCCUGUACCUGGGCAUGGGCGUAUCCGGCGGCGAGGAGGGCGCUCGGUUCGGCCCGUCGCUGAUGCCCGGAGGCUCUCGAGAGGCGUACGCGAUAGUGGAGGACGUGGUCAAGAAGGUGGCCGCGCAGGUGGACGACGGGCCGUGCGUUACGUUCGUGGGGAAGGGUGGCGCGGGGAAUUUUGUGAAGAUGGUGCACAACGGCAUUGAAUACGGCGACAUGCAGCUCAUCUCGGAAGCGUAUGACAUUCUCAAGAAUGUCGGUGGCCUGUCAAACGAGGAGCUGCACGCUGUGUUCACGAGCUGGAACAAGAACGAGCUCGAGAGCUUCCUGGUGGAGAUCACUGCCGACAUUUUCGCAGUCAAGGACGACCUCGCCGCCCCUGGCGAGAACAAGUUCCUCGUCGACGCCAUCCUCGACAAAACUGGCAUGAAGGGCACGGGCAAGUGGACGGUCCAGCAAGCUGCCGAGCUCUCGAUUGCUGCUCCCACCAUCGCGGCGUCCCUGGAUUCCCGGUACAUUUCGGGGCUGAAAGACGAGCGUGUGGCCGCCUCUGCUGUCUUCCAAGCCGCCGGGCUGGCCGACGGGGCGACUGCGAUCCCUGGGGUGGAUAAAACCCAGCUUAUAGACGACGUCCGGAAGGCCCUGUACGCGUCCAAGGUCUGCAGCUAUGCGCAGGGGAUGAACCUGAUCAGGGCAAAGAGCGCGGAGCAGGGCUGGGACCUGAACCUGGGGGAGCUCGCCCGGAUCUGGAAGGGUGGGUGCAUCAUCCGGGCGGUGUUUCUGGACCGGAUUAAGCAGGCGUAUGACCGAAACCCCGCGCUGGCGAACCUGCUGGUGGAUCCCGAGUUUGCUAAGGAGGUGGUGGAGCGGCAGCAGGCAUGGCGCAGGGUGGUCAGCCUGGCGAUCCAGGCUGGGACGACCGCUCCUGGCAUGAGCACCAGCCUGGCGUACUUUGACAGUUACAGACGUGCCCGCCUGCCCGCCAACCUGGUGCAAGCCCAGCGGGAUUACUUCGGUGCGCACACGUACGAGCGGGUGGACAGAGACGGCAACUAUCACACCGAGUGGUCCAAGAUCGCCAAGGGCAAGAUGUAGAGCCGAGAGAGCGAGUGUGCAUCAGAUGUUGGAGGGAGGAGAGAUAUGGGGUUGCCUGCAGCAUUUGCGCACACGUACUGAAUGAGUGAUUGGGCAGAGACGGCAACAACCACACUGAGUGGUCCAAGAUUGCCGAGGGCAAGGUUUAGAAGCAAGAUUUAGCAUUUGUUGCAAACAAAAGUUAGUGUUUUUUAACCUUACAUGAACUCAAAGACUCACAGGUUGUGUGACACAGUGCAGAGGGGGGUCCUUCAGUCUAGUCCAGAGGGUGUUUACUGUACCUGGUACUUCAAAAAUUGCAAUGCCGAUAUUGCAGUAGCAUGUAGCAUUGAGUUGAGAGAGACCUCCCAUUCUACUGGCGCAUAUGC